AAAUGAAGCUCUAUCUCCCUCCCCGGCUCGCAUUUGCUGCCUCGGCGAGGUGCUCAGAGCGCACAGCUUUCCGCGCAACUCGGCUCCCACUCCAUUCUCCUCUCCGCCCGAACAACAUAGCCGGGGAGAGCGGGGAAGAAAACACAGACGGGGGGGCCUAGGCAGAUAAAAAAAAAAGAGAGAAAAGAAGAAGCAGGACCUGCUGCCAUCUUCCUCCAAACGCUGUGUUGGUGUUUGGACCAGACUUGAAGCAGGACUCCCGGGAGAGUAGCAGCUCUGCCGAGUGUAGUUUUUGUGUGUAGUGCGUGUGUGAGUGUGCGUUAGGGCUCUACAGUCAGAGUAGUUCCUCGGAGGAGGAGGCAGAGGAAAGGAGAGAGUCGCCCAUCGUCGUGGUCCCCCUCCUCCCUCCUCCCUGCGAGCGGCUGAGGGGUGGCUCUCGGUGACAGGAAACGCAAGGCUGGCGAUGAGACCCGAGCGCUGAGUGGAGUAUGCUGCAGACGAUUUACGAGGGCGAGUCAAGUUUCUCCACAACAGAGGGGCGCGUCGGACACCAGCAGCUCCCCAACCAGAGCAAGAUGCACAACAUGAACAACUCAGUGGACAUUAAGCCAGACGUGCCAUUGGCGGUGGAGCCCCUGUCCCCUUUGGACCUGCGCACGGACCUGAGGAUGCUGGGGCCAGGCUCGGACCCCGGACUGUGGGAGAGGCAGCUCCAGCAGGAGCUGCUCCUCAUCCAGAAACAGCAGCAGAUCCAGAAGCAGUUACUGAUCAGCGAGUUCCAGAAGCAGCACGAGAAGCUGACCCGUCAGCACCAGGCUCAGCUCCAGGAGCAUCUCAAGCUCCAGCAUGAGCUCCAGGCCAUGAAGCAGCAGCAGGAACUCGCCGAGAAGGAGCGCCGUCUGGAGCAGCAGCAGCAGCAGCAGCAGCAGCAGCAGCAACAACAGAACCAGCAGGAAAAAGAGCAGGAGCGGCAUCGACGAGAGCAGCACGUCUCCAGCCUGGGCCUCAGGGGCAAGGAGCGCUCCCGAGAGAGUCUCACAGGUGCAGUGGCCAGCACAGAGGUGAAGCAGAAACUCCAAGAGUUUCUGUUGAACAAGUCUGCAAAGGAUCCAGUCGCCAACGGAGCCAACCACUCGUUUAUCCAACACCCCAAACUCUGGUACACGUCCUCUCACCACGCAUCACUGGACCAAAGCUCUCCACCACUGGGCGGCACAUCCCCCACCUGCCAGUACACCCUGCCGUCGCCUGUAGAGAGCAAGGACGACUUCCCCUUGAGAAAGACAGCAUCUGAGCCGAACCUGAAGGUACGAUCCAGACUGAAGCAGAAGGUGGCGGAGAGGAGAAGCAGCCCGAUGCUGAAGAGAAGAGACGGAAACAUCAUUACUCCUUACAAGAAGAGGGCUUUAGAGCUUAUGGAUUCAGCGCCAACUAACAGCGCCCCUGGGUCUGGCCCCAGCUCUCCCAUAGGGGCCUCCAGUGCCUUGGGCGCUGAAAACGGACCCUCCUCUCUGCCUACGACAACAAAAACUGAGAGGUGGCCUUCCCAGCCAAGAUUGUUUCGACCCGAGGGCUCCGUGUCCAUGCUGAGCUUGUACACAUCUCCGUCCUUACCCAACAUCUCCUUGGGGCUCUCCGCCGCAUCCGCACCAAUUAGCGCUGCCAUGGGGUUAAAAGACAGAUCGACGGAAAUCAAACAUGGGUUACCUGGGCACCUGCUGGGCCCUGUGCCAUUUCAGACGGCCCUGGAGUCAAAGGUCAGCCCCAGUCACCAGGCUCUGCUCCAACACCUCCUCCAGAAGGAGCAAAUCAGGCAGCAGAAGAUCAUCUCGUCAGGCUCCAUGUCCUCCCAAACCCAGUCCCCAUUGGCCAUGAAGGAUCGGCCCCCCAGCAGUCGCCCUAAACUACCGAAACACAGACCCCUGAACAGAACCCAGUCGGCGCCUCUGCCUCAGAACACACUGGCCCAACUCGUCAUCCAGCAGCAGCACCAGCAUUUCCUGGAGAAACAGAAACAGUACCAGCAGCAGGUCCACAUAAAUAAGCUGUUGUCCAAGUCCAUCGAGCAGUUACGUCAGCCCAGCGCACACCUGCAGGAAUCAGAGGAGGAGCAGGAGGAGCUGCAGCCCAGAGAGGAGUCAGAGAGCAUGCAGGAGGACAGGCUGCCCCCUGGAGGCGUCAUCCGGAAGCACACGCUGAGCAGCAGCAGCAGCAGCGGCAGCUCCAGCAGCGAGCUCCCAGACGCUCACUGCGGGGUCAUCAAGGUCAAAGAGGAGCCGGCCGACAGCGAGGACGAGGCUCUGACCAAUCGGCGCCUGGAGUCCGAACAGAGCAUCUAUCUCCACCAGGUCAAAGGGAGACUGGUGAUAAGAGCCAUGAUCUGAGGGGAAGGGGAUGAGAUCACCCCCCGCUCGCAACGAUCACAAGCGUCUACACACACACACACACGGCAUGCACACACGUCAGACGUUGCACGGUAGACCAGCUCUGUCUCAACACGCGACCUCCUCUCACUCGGCCGCGGGCCGCACUCACGCUAUACUGUUAAGACUCUCUGUUUGUGGUCUUCGUGUCGUGAUCUCUGUAAAAUAUGUACGUUUUCUCGGUUGUAAAUAUGAAGACGAUUUAGAUCUUUCUUUCUAAGAGCCGCUUCGCUCACCAGGAGUCUGCUGAACUGACAAAACUUGUAUGUACAUACACUGUGGAUUUUAGCGUCAAAAAGAGGAUUUGUAGAGGAAAGCAUUAACAGGUGUACAGCUUCAACGAGCCUCCGUAUGUUCCCGUCCUGUACAUUUUUUUUCCCCCAUAAAAUAUUCAAAUAUUA